UCCUUAAGGUAGAUACUCGUUAUCCAGCAGUCUCUGGUAACCCUUUAUAAGUAAGGAAAUCCCUACUUGCUUACCCAAAAAAAAAAUCUCUGAUUCCCCUCAGGAUUACGACUGGGAACAUUGUCUUGUUAUCUGAAAGUUAUUUUUCCACGCAAAAGAUUCAGGAUAUUUGUUCAUAAAUUCACAUCUGAAAUCCUUGUGGGAGUGAAUUGAAAAAUCUCAUCUUGAUAUUUGCCAAAAGGUGUUCUGGACAUGGAUUAUUUGGUAGGAAGUGAGGAUCUCUGAGAGGCAAAAGAGAGAUUUGAUUAGUUGAUGCCAUCUGGUGCUUCUCAGAUACUCCAAGGUGCUAUGAGUGCACAAUUGGCUUCUUGAUGGAGGAUCUUCCUGAAGUAUUAGUUUUCGAUAUUCUCAAGAGAAUAAGUAACUCUGCUGACAGAAAUUCUGUAUCUGUUGUGUGCAAACGCCUUUAUGCAAUUGAGGGAGAGCAGAGAGAUUUCUUAAAAGUUGGAUGUGGAUUACAUCCAGCAACAGAAGCAUUAACAUCUCUGUGCAUCCGCUUCCCAAACUUAAGGAAGGUAGAGAUAGUCUACUCUGGUUGGAUGUCCAACUUGGGAAAGCAAUUAGACAAUCAAGGCCUUCUUGUGCUCUCAUCCCGCUGCCCUUGUCUCGCAGAACUAACCUUGAGUUUCUGUUCAUUCAUCAAUGACACUGGUCUUGGUUACUUAGCUUCUUGCAGAAACCUCAGAUCUCUUAAGCUAAAUUUUGCACCGGCGAUCCGUUCUCAUGGGAUUCUCUCACUUGUUGUUGGUUGUAAGAAUCUUUCCACCCUCCAUCUCAUUCGCUGCAUGAGAGUUAGCAGUGUCGAGUGGCUAGAAUACCUUGGUAGGUUUGGAACCCUAGAGGACCUCUGUAUCAAGAAUUGCAGGGCCAUUGGUGAGGAUGAUCUCAUAAAGCUGGGUCCUGGACUGAGGAGACUCAAGCGGUUGGAGUUUGAGGUGGAUGCAUAUUAUAGGUACCCAAAGGUUUAUGAUCACUUUGUGGUGGAUAGAUGGCAAAGGCAUCAGAUCUGCUGUGAGGAGAUGAAGGAGAUUAGCUUGAUAAAUUGUAUUAUGACUCCGAGCAGAGGGCUUUCAUACUUGUUGGGAAAAUGCCAGGCAUUGGAGAAGCUCCUCUUGGACAUGUGCAUUGGGUUAAAGGACAGUGAUAUGAUUGCAUUGUCUCAGCAGUCCAGCAACCUCAGAAGCAUCUCGUUACGCCUCCCUUCACAGUUUUUGGCACCUGUCUUAGUGAACACUCCUUUACGAUUGACUAAUGACAGUCUGAAGGCCUUAGCUCGUGGCUGUCCCUUGCUUGAAGUGGUUGAAUUAUCCUUCUCUGAUGUAGAAUUCCCAUCAUUAUCUUGCUUCAGUCAGGAUGGUAUUCUAAUGUUGAUUCAAAGCUGUCCAAUUCGUGCUUUGACGCUUAAUAGCACCUGCUUCUUUAACAACAGUGGGAUGGAAGCCCUUUGUUCUGCGCAGGUUUUGCAGACACUAGAGCUUGUGAAAUGCCAGGAAGUCAGUGAUAAGGGGAUUCUACUUGUCAUACACUUCCCUUGCUUGACCAAUCUGAAGCUCCGCAGAUGUUUAGGAGUGACAAACGACGGGUUGAAGCCCCUUGUGGGUUCACAGAAAUUGGAGUCUCUCACAGUUGAAGACUGCCCUCAGAUUUCUGAGGAAGGUGUUCAAGGGGCUGCAAGGUCUGUUUCUUACAAGCAAGAUUUAUCAUGGUUGUAUUGAAUUCUUGGUUCAUGCCUGUUUUGUUGCCGUCUAUAGAGCUGACAGUAGGCUUCUUGAAGAUGUGGAUGCUUCAGAGAUGCGGGCCUUCCAUCCAUUUAAGCACGCAUUCAUAUGAUGCGAUUGUAACCAUCAGUCAUAGCUUUAUUUCCUGGUUGAAGCUGUUCUUUUAGGUUACAAGCUCUAAGAAAAUAUAUUAUCUUCUAAGUUCAGAAGAUUCGUGCAUCAAAGAGGCCACCCAGCUCAUCAUGAUAAUAGAAAGACUUGAUGUGUUUCCACGAGCUCUUGUAUGAAAAACAAUGUCCCGGGAAGCAAUUUGUGUAGGGUUUCCACCCAUAUUCAGUGUGUUUGAACUUUGCAUGGAACAUUUGCUGCUCUUGAACCUGAAUUCAGCUUACACUGAUAAGAAGCAAAAAAAUUUUAGGCAUAACUGGGUCUUUGCUAUCU